UGGCUUGCCAAUAAUAAGAAGUCCCUGCAGAGGGGAGCUUGGCUGGUGGUGUUUUGCAAUUUCUCAGAUAACAAGAGCUUCACAUUUCUGUGGAAUUCCCAUUUGCCAGCGAGCUGCUGCUGCUGCUGCCCUGAUUGAUAUAUGACUGCAAUGGCACUUUUCCAUUUGACAUUCCCUCCCUCUCUCUCUCUCUCUCUCUUAAACAACAGCCCUAACUUUUGUGUGUUGCAAAUAUAAAAGGCAAGCCAUGUGACAGAGGGACAGAAGAACAAAAGCAUUUGGAAGUAACAGGACGUCUUUUUAGCUCUCCGAAGAUUUUGAGGGGAAGAAGGAGCAGUGCAUUUUCCAAAGAAGAGUUUACCUGGUUUGAGCCCAGUGAUAAAGUGUAGUGUAACUGCAAAUCACAGGAACGGACACUACCCUGAGAGAGCCUGAUGAAGACAAAAGCCCUGUUUCCCUGCUAGGAUUCAGGGAUACUUCCUGGAAUCAGCUUCAUCUUCCUUGGGACCAACUGUGUCCCCUUCCUGGCCUGGCUGCUCUCAGAUGCACUAGGAAAUGCUCAAGGUUGUUCUUGGACCUCGAAUGUUAAAUGUGCAGCCUCUCAGCUCCCCUGCCCUUCUCCACGUCCUGUAUCUCGGGAUGGGUCUGCUUACAGUCACAGAUAUUCAUCUCCUGAAAAACUAAAAGACUAGCAAAGCUUCACAGCGAGAAAUGAUGUACAAGAGUUUCUUUCAAAUACCAUCAGCGUGUUUGACAUUUCUGACUGCUCAGAGCUAUGCAGGAGAUUCUUUGACGGAUUACAAUUUCAGCAAACUCCAACUUGAGAAGAAGAAUGACAGCUAAGACACUUAAACCAGACUUUUCACCAUCCUGGAAAGGAACUGGCUUCCAGUAUUUGGAGUUUCUUUAAUGCUCUGCCUCCCUCUGCUGUUAUCAGCGAGAAGUUCCUCGACAAUGGGAAAUCACGUACUUGCGGCUUCGAUUUCCAUGCUUUCACUCCUGGCAAUGAUGGGAGAUGCAGACAGUAAAACAGACAGUUCCUUCAUGAUCGACCCCGACCCCAGCCGCUGUAUGAGGCAUCACUAUGUUGACUCCAUCAGCCACCCGCUCUACAAGUGUAGCUCGAAGAUGGUACUGCUGGCUCGCUGUGAAGGCCGCUGCAGCCAGAUGUCCCGCUCAGAACCGAUGGUUUCUUUCAGCACUGUUCUGAAGCAGCCUUUCCGCUCCACCUGCCACUGCUGCAGGCCGCAGACCUCCAAGCUGAAGGCCAUGCGGUUGCGAUGUUCAGGGGGCAUGCGGCUCACUGCCACCUAUCGCUACAUCCUCUCCUGCCACUGUGAGGAGUGCAACUCUUAGGGAUGUACCUACCACAGCAGAGAGGGGACUGGGAUGCUGCUGGUGGGGAAGGCUCCCAAGAAGUAAUCCAAGGUGAGGCCGGUAUUCCCAGCGUACAAUUGCAGCAAGGACAGCACUAACCAGGCUGGAUUGUAUCUGAGAGCUAAUAAUGUCAUGGGGUCCUGGAUGGUACCACUACUGAAGUGUGGGUUGUGACAAAGGUGAAAGCACGAGGACUUGUUUUUAAGAAGCAUUUCUUUUUUUCUGAAAGGAUUUUUUGUGAGUUUCUUCUUUUUCAGGCUCAGCUCUGACUACAGAGAGGUGCUCUUACUUUAGGCCACAGUCAGCAGAAGAAAAAGAGAGGAAGGUCAGCCGGAUGACAGCACAAUGCUCUGGAAGCUGGCAUUCGGAGAGAGGAUGAGCAUCAGUUCCCACCCACAAUCUCUUAACCUGUCAAUUUAUUCUCAGUCUCCUAGUUAUAUUUGCCUUCAAAACAAACUGUGUUGUUGGCAAGGGUUACCUGUUACUGAUCUAGCAGUCAAGUCCUGGAUAACUUUAAGUGCAGUUUAGCAGAAAUUACAAAUAAAUCAUUGAAAAGUGAACUGGAUAUGAAAUGUCAUGCUGGGAUUACCCAGCCCUAACCAGCUGAAAUUAUUUGUAGUGUGCAGCAUCAGAGUUCAGUGGCUGAGGGACCCUUGAGAAGUGAAAAAUCAUGAUACUCAUUAUGCCCCACUAAAAGCCUGAAAUGUGACAUGUCACAUAUGUCACAAAAGCUAUUAUUCAAAUGCUAAAAACUAAUCAAAGAUUAAAAUAACAUGUACUAAA